AUGACGUCAGACGUACCUCUAGUGCAAGGUUUCCCCUCAUGGAUCUCUCCUUCUGACUUUUGCAACAAGUUCUCAAGGCAGAGGAAGACGGAGAACGCAAUCUUCGUCGCUUCAAACUGCAAGACCACCUCCAACUGCAGGUCGGAGUACGCACGAGAGCUCAUGGAGCAUGUCGAGGUCCACAGCUACGGGAGGUGCCUCAACAAUCGCCCCUUCCCUCCAGCCUUCUCCACUGCAAGGAAGGGAAAGAAGUUCUGGUUGGACAAGGUUCGGAUCAUGCAGAACUACACGUUUGCUCUUGUGUUUGAAAACUCCAACAUGCACGACUAUGUCACCGAGAAGCUGUUCCAGGCGCUGCUUGCUGGCUGCAUCCCGAUCUACAUGGGGGCUCCCAACGUGAGGGACUUCUUGCCGGCAAACAACGCUGCCAUUCUGGUGUCGGAGUUUCAGUCAGCCGAGGAGCUUGCAGUGUACAUCAAGAGGGUGAAGGAGAACGUGACGAUGAGGGAGGAGCUGCUGUCCUGGAGGGACAGGCCCCUUCCUGCCUCCUUCCUCCGCCUGUGGAACUUGUCAUGGGACACAGCAAAGUGCAGGAUCUGCCAAGUACUCGCGGGUAGG